GGUCACCGAUAUAGUACUGCAAUGUUGUUGUUCGAUUACACGAUAAGGCGAUUGGCAAAUGUUGCAAGUCACCUCUAUUCUCACAGUUUUUUCCCAUUUUCAAAUAAGUUAUUUCAGCCUUUCGAUGAAGAAGCGGAUAAAGAGAGACGCCGCAAGCGUUUAGAGCGAAACACACGCAUUGGAGGUGCUAUCGUAUUUGGAGGCACCGUAGCUAGUUUCGUUGCGUUUUGCUUAUACUAUGGUCGAGCUAAACGCGAUGAGGCUGGAAACAUUGUAACGGAUGAAUACACAGGUUCCUACCUAGCGCCGUUCUAUCGAAUAGCAAACAGCUUUCGGGUUUGGAGGGACUUCGUGGUGGAGCCUGCUCGCGAGCAGCUAUUACCUGAUCCUCUUCCUCAUCCAUAUAUUCAACCGAAAUAUACUUUGGUAAUCGAAAUGAAGAAUGUUCUAGUGCACCCAGACUGGACGUAUAAAACCGGAUAUCGAUUUGCGAAACGUCCAGCUCUGGACUAUUUUCUUGACGUAGUAGGAUACCCGAAUUUCGAGGUUGUGAUUUACACCAGUGAAUCUAUGAUGACUGCUCAUCCAGUAGUGGAUUCGUUUGAUCCGAAACAACGUAUCAUGUACAGAUUGUAUAGGGAUUGUACGAAAUACAUGCAUGGGCAACAUGUCAAGGAUUUGUCAAAAUUGAACCGUGACCUAUCAAAGGUUAUUUUCAUCGAAGUUGAUCCUAAAGCAGCUCAACUGAAUCCUGAAAAUAUGUUACUUGUACCUGAAUGGAAGGGUAACAUGGAUGACACCUCACUUGUGGACCUCGCCGAGUUGCUCAAAACUAUUCACCUCUCUGAUGUGGAAGAUGUUCGACCGACGUUGCAGUACUAUUCGCAGUUUCCAGAUCCAGCAAAGGAAUUCCGAAGAAGAGCCAUCUAUUUGGCGGAGCAGGAAGAACAGAAAAGGCAUCAGCGCGAGGAGGAAGGUCAUUCCUUACUCAAGAAGUAUUCCGGUCGUCUGUUUGGCUUUAGGCGACAUGCGCCCACAUAA